AUGGCAGAUGGUACCUACAGGUUCCAGCAGCCUGGGGCCGGGCCGUUCUUCUUCCAAACGCAACCGCAGCAGCACUCGCACCAACGACACACCCUUCAAAACGGAACCAAUUCUCCGGGGCGACUGAAAUUCAACCACGAAACCCCCUCGCCAUCUCGAUCGCCUCCUGUAAACCAAUCGGCCUCCUUGAAUCCAUUCACCAUGUAUGGCCAGGGCCAUCAAGGACAGCAUGUUAUGAUGAAUAGCGGCCAAGCCCAUCAGCGGUUUGGAAUGCAAAUCCCCAAGUUUCAGUCGCAAAGUCAUCAUCCCCACCAUGCCCAGCAACCACACCAUCACACGCACCACGCCCAAGCCGCGCACACCCUCACUCAUCACAACAACUUCUCCGGCGGCGCUCUUUCCACGACUACUCCUCACUUCACUCCGACCCACCUCCAGAAUGGCACGCCGAACGCGGUGGAUGAUGAUAUGGAUGACUCGAUGAACGAGCAUUGGCAGCACCAGCUUCAACUUGCUGCCGAGUCGCGACAGGCUAAUUCCCCUCACUACUAUGCCCGCGUCAUGGCACAGCAGUCCAAGGGGAUACAAAUUAUGCCCAGUCAUGCAGAUGCGUCGGAACAAGGGGCCGAUGGACGCAAUGGAACUGCCGCGGGGAAGCCGGGCUCUCGGCAAGGUUGGAAUGCGCUAGAUUUCGGUGGACAAGGAUUGCGGGCCAUGGCUACCUCGCUUUUCAGCUACGGCUUCCUUGAGAAGCUGUACCUGAACCACAACAAGCUGAAAGCGCUCCCUCCGGCAAUCGGUCAGCUUCGGAAGUUAACUCACCUCGAUCUUUCUGGCAAUGACCUGACUGAGCUGCCCGAAGAGAUCGGCAUGCUGUCAAACCUCAAGAAGCUCUACCUUUUCGACAACAACAUCCGCACACUCCCCUAUGAGAUGGGUUACUUGUAUCGGCUGGACACUUUGGGCAUUGAGGGCAACCCUCUCAACGAUGUUCUCAAGUCUCAGAUCAUGAAGGAUGGGACCAAGGCACUGAUCAAGUACCUCAAGGAAGAGAUGCCUGUUCACCUGCCCCCGCCCGAUCGAGAUUGGGUCAUCCUUGACGAAACCGCGAGCUCGACUAACAGCCCCACCGAGAAAAUCACGGUCCUCUCCUACAACACCCUCUGCGAUUCCUCUGCCACCCAGUCACACUACGGCUACGCCCCCUCCCGCAUUCUUUCCUGGGAGUUCCGCCGAGAACUCAUCCUUAACGAAUUACGAUCUCACAGUUCGGAUAUUGUCUGUCUUCAGGAAGUUGAUCAAGGAAGCUACAACGGCUUUUUCCGAGAACAACUUGCUUACAAUGACUACAAAGGUGUCUUUUGGCCGCGUGGGCGUGCGAUGGGCAUGCAGGAGGAUGAUGCGAAGAAUGUCGACGGUUGCGCCACGUUCUUCAAGGGAAGCAAAUACAUCUUGCUGGACAAACAGUUGAUCAACUUUGGUCAAACCGCUGUCAGACGGCCCGAUGCCAAGGGUCAGGAUGAUAUUUACAACCGGCUGUGGCAGAAAGAUCACAUCGCAGUUGUCAUCUUCCUGGAGAACCGCCAAACCGGAGCACGUUUCAUUAUUGUAAAUGCUCAUCUCUACUGGGACCCGGCAUUCAAGGACGUCAAGCUCAUCCAGACUGCCAUCUUGAUGGAAGAACUCACGAAACUUUCGGACAAAUACGCCAAAUGGCCUGCGUGUACCGACAAGACCGCAUUCCGUUUCUCAGAAGCAGAAAGCGAGAACACGCCCACCGUGGAGCCCGCACCGUCAGCGGAGUAUGCCAGCGGUGACCAAAUUCCUCUUCUCAUGUGCGGUGACUUCAACUCCUCGCCUGGGUCGGCGGCGUACACCCUGAUCAACACCGGUCGACUUGUCGAGGAGCAUCCGGAACUUGAGAAGCGCCUCUACGGUAACCUCAGUAAGGUCGGUAUGACGCAUCCGUUCAAGCUCAAGUCGGCCUAUGGCUCUAUCGGGGAGUUGAGCUUCACCAACUACACUCCUGACUUCAAGGAUAUCCUUGAUUAUGUGUGGUACACUUCCAACACACUUCAUGUGUCGGCGUUGUUGGGAGAGGUAGAUAAGGACUACCUCAGCCGGGUACCCGGGUUCCCCAAUUUCCAUUUUCCUAGUGAUCACGUUGCAUUAUUCGCGGAGUUUACCGUUAAGGGGAAAAAGGGUAAGGUUGUGGAAGCGGAUUUUGGACCGCAACGACACUGA